CGUGCUGAGCCGCCGGAAGAAGGGCGGGCGACGGGGUCUGUGGCUGCACCGCAGCAUCGGGGGCCGCACCCCGAACCCGCCACGGCCCGGGCGAGAGCGACCCGGGGCACGGGCAAAGGCGACGGCGCGCCGGGAGGGUGGAGGCGCCGGGACACCGGGGCUGCGGCCCAGGAGGCUGGGCGCCGGUGGGCCUGGCUGCUGCCGCCGGGCCGGCAUCAAAGCAGCGGCCGGCGAGCUGUAGCCUCGCCCGGGUCUGCGGGAAGCCGGUUCUGGGCACCCCUCGCAUUGCGGCCCCCAAAGCCCCGCUCCCGGGGGUGCGGCCGGGAAAGCAUACCUUGGAGGGGCGGUGGGUUCACCUGGUGCCGCAGCACCCGCCCUAGGCCGCCUCUCGGGAAUUUGGAAAAGAUUCCCCGGUCCCGUCCGAAGGCCGAUAGUCCUCUGAGCUUCCGAAGGAAGCCUGCGUGAACGUUGGGCGUUUUUAAAAGAAUCAUUGUGUUGGGUGGGGAUGUGGUCUGUCUAUAAAAGGCCGGGAAAGAACAAAAUCUGUUACCCACGGCCCUUCUCUAAAGAGACACCCUCUGGAGCUGAAAGCCUCAAGAACGGGCUCUCUCACGCCCCCAUCUCUCGUCCUGCCAGCGUCCAAGGCCGGUCUGUUUUAAAUAUAUUUCUGCAAGUUCUGGAGUUCUAGCUGUAUGAUCAGUUUUCUGGAUCCCUCCUCUCCUGCCUUUUGCUUCUCUAGAAGAAUAUGAAGAGGCAUGUACUCAGACCUACUCAACCGGCCGCCUCCCAAGCAGGCAGUACUUAAUUUCAGAAAGGAGUCACUUUUUCAGAGUUGUUAAAGGCACAUUAGCCUCUAGGAGCCCCCAGGUUCUGGUGCCGCAGGGACACGCCAAAGUCCUGAGGGCAGGAGAUUGUGAUCAGAGGAGGGCCAUACAACUGUGAGGCGUCUCAGCAGAGGCUCUGGCAGUGUCCUCCCCAGAAGUGGACAAGGCCAGUCGGGUGGCAUCAUCAUGCUACAGCAGCUCCUGAUUACCCUGCCCACUGAGGCCAGCACCUGGGUGAAGUUGCACCAUCCACAGAAGGCCAAGGAAGGGGCGCCCCUGUGGGAGGACGUGACCAAGAUGUUUGAAGGAGAAGCUCUGCUAUCUCAGGAUGCUGAUGAGACCCAGGGAGAAAGUUUAAAGGAUGAAGUGACUCCCGGGGCCCCGACAACAGACUCCCAGGAACUGUUGACCUUCAAGGACAUAUCUGUGGACUUCACCCAGGAGGAGUGGGGGCAGCUGGCCCCUGCUCACCGGAAUCUGUACCGGGAGGUGAUGCUGGAGAACUAUGGGAACCUGGUCUCAGUGGUAGGAUGUCAACUUUCCAAACCUAGUGUGAUUUCCCAGUUGGAGAAAGGAGAAGCGCCAUGGAUGACAGAGAAAGAAGGCCCAGGAGAUCCCAGUUCAGCUGGUGGGAUCUUAGUUCCCCAACCAGGGAUUGAACCCAGGCCCUUGGCAGUGAGAGCACGGAGUCCUAACCACUGGACCGCCAGGGAAUUCCCUGCUAUUUUAAAUGACUUGAAGGGUAAAACAGAAACAGCUGCGUCAACUGCAAAGAACGACGUUUUACAGGAACAGUUCUAUCAUGGCAUGAUGAUGGAAAGGUUCAUGAGGGAUGAUGUCAUUUAUUCCACAUUGAGAAAAGUCUCAAAAUAUGAUGAUGAGUUAGAAAGCCACCAGGAUAGCCAUGGAAGAGACGUGAGACAAACCAUCUUGACCCAUAAGAGGAGAGGCCAAGAAACUUACAAAUUUGGCAAAAAUAUUGUGAGUUCUAAUGUUGUUAUAGAACAGAGGCACCAUAAAUAUGACACACCUAGAAAGAGAAACAAAUACAAAUCAGAUUUGAUUAAUCAUCCAACAAGUUACAUAAGAACAAAAACCUACGAAUGUAAUAUAUGUGAAAAAGUCUUCAAACAACCCAUUCACCUUACCGAACACAUGAGAAUUCAUACUGGUGAGAAACCUUUCAGAUGUAAGGAAUGCGGAAGGGCCUUUAGUCAAAGUGCAUCCCUUACCACACACCAAAGAAUCCAUACUGGUGAGAAACCCUUUGAAUGUGAAGAAUGUGGCAAAGCCUUCAGACAUCGUUCAUCUCUUAAUCAACAUCAUAGAACUCACACUGGUGAGAAACCCUAUGUAUGUGAUAAAUGUCAGAAAGCUUUCAGCCAGAACAUUAGCUUGAUCCAACAUUUGAGAACUCAUUCUGGAGAGAAACCCUUUACAUGCAAUGAAUGUGGGAAAACCUUUAGACAGAUUAGACACCUUAGUGAACAUAUAAGAAUUCAUACUGGGGAGAAGCCCUAUGCAUGCACCACAUGUUGUAAAACCUUUAGUCAUAGAGCUUAUCUAACGCAUCACCAGAGAAUCCAUACUGGGGAGAGACCCUACAAAUGUAAGGAAUGUGGGAAAGCCUUUAGGCAAAGGAUACACCUUAGCAACCAUAAAACUGUUCAUACAGGAGUGAAAGCGUAUGAAUGCAACCGCUGUGGAAAAGCCUACAGGCAUGAUUCAUCCUUUAAGAAACAUCAGAGGCAUCACACAGGAGAAAAACCUUAUGAAUGUAAUGAAUGUGGAAAAGCCUUCAGCUAUAAUUCAUCACUUACUCGACACCAUGAAAUACACAGGAGAAAUGCCUUCCAGAAUAAUGCCUAAAAACAGAUUAUUCAACAUGAACAAAAGCCAGGUCUAAAUCAGUGAUUCUGUGCUUUGAAUUUCAGGACUCUAAAUUGGAGGAAUUGACAUAAUGAUGCCAACUUCUAAUUUUGC